UGUGUCUUCCCGCGAAUGCUGAAACGUUUCUGGAAUGAAACAGUUGCUUCUCUUUAUAAAGAAACACCCCCUCCGGAAAAUCCUCCACAGCGCUCUUUCGUUUCGCUUGCUCGUCUCCGCUCCUCCGUUUCUUUCGCCCUUUCGUCCAUUCUACCACAACGCUAUUAUCAUCUCAUCUCCAUGGCUACCCAACAGCUCAAACACAGAACAACAACAACCCCAGAAGAAAGAGAACAAUUCCAACCGACGACGACCCAAGAUACAGCAGAGAUGAACAGCACCGCCAGAACACGGCGACAGAGAGCCAAACGCGGCCUUAGAUCACUCGGCAUCGCCGUCGCCUUCCCCCUCUCCCUCACGCUUCUGGACAUCACUCUUUUCGGGUCGAGCCAGCAGUACCGGGCGAUGGAGAAGCCGUUCUGGGUCCCGCGCCUUUGGGCGCUGCACUUGGCCUGCUUGGGCUCCGCCUUCCUUAUGGGCCUCUCGGCGUGGCUCGUCUGGGCUGAGGGCGGCUUUCACCGCUACCCCACCGCCAUGCUCUUAUACCUCUGCCAGCUCGCGCUCAGCCUCGCCUGGGACCCCGUCGUCUUCAAGGCCGGAGCUACCAGAGCCGGGCUCGUGUUGUGCGUCGGAUUGCUCGGCGCGUUGGUCGGCUGCUCCCGCUCUUUCAAGAACGUCAACCCCAUCGCCGGCGACCUAGUCAAACCUUGUCUAGGAUGGGCCCUGCUUCUCUCUGCUACAAAUUUUAAGCUUGCAUACAUAUGAUGAUGCAUACACGUACACAACCAUCCUGCAUAUAUUAGCCUAUGAUGUC